AUGGAGAUUAACACCACUUAUAUCAACGCCCAAACGCACAACGUCGGAACUUCGAGCGCCCAAGUUGCUAGCCCUGCCACCUCCGCAAUUGCUGGUCUUGUCCCCGCACCAGUUGCUGGCCCUACUAUUUCCGCAUGUUCGGGUCUUGUCACCGCGGGUGUAUCAUCAACUAGAAAGUGCGAAAAGUCGCCGGGUAAGCGCUACUGCUUCGGACACUUGGGCAACCGCUUUUCCAGAGCCCGGCAAGCUCUGGUUACGGAGCGGUACGCUCGAGGUUAUUACACUUGUUCGAAGUGCUAUAACGAGGAGCUCGAGGAACCUCGGCUCUGCAAUGCCUGCCGCCAAGUCGGCCGAGACGGAAGGGCUAGACGGGCCGCAGAAAUUCCUCCGACUGGACGAGAAUGGGCCAGGGGCACCAAGCGUGCCUAA